AGCAGAGAGGUCGCUGACGGACUGCGCGUAAUGCUGAGUGGACAGCAGUAUUUCUCGCUGUUUAUUCCAGCCUAGACAGGCUAUUGACAAGAGAUUCGCACUUGUUCUGCAGUGCAGCUCGUCAUUAUUACCAGAUGCUCUCCGCUGGACCGGACCCGUUCAGUUUCAUGCCGUCCAAGCCGACCGGAGCCUGAGCCCGAAGGAUGCAGGUUAAAAACCAGAUCUGCACCGAGCGGAGCAGCACCGACGACCCGGAGCAAGAUGACAACCAGGAGAAGAAGACCUCGUGUUUUUCCAACAUCAAGAUUUUCCUGGUGUCGGAAUGCGCUCUCAUGCUGGCACAGGGCACCGUUGGCGCUUAUCUGGUAAGUGUUCUGACUACUCUGGAGAGACGCUUCAACCUCCAGAGCGCCGAUGUGGGCGUCAUUGCCAGCAGCUUCGAAAUCGGCAACCUGGCCCUAAUCCUGUUUGUCAGCUAUUUUGGCGCCAAGGCCCACAGACCCCGUCUGAUUGGUUGCGGCGGGAUUGUCAUGGCGUUGGGAGCGUUGCUGUCGGCCCUGCCAGAGUUCCUGACGCAUCAGUAUGAGUACGAGGCCGGAGACUCGUGGCACGCCGAGGACGGCAGGGACGUCUGCUCCAACAACUCCAGGUCAGAAAACCGAGACUCUGGGUUUAAGUGUGGCAACAGAGCCAACACCAACAUGAUGUACCUUCUGCUGAUCGGAGCCCAGGUUCUGCUGGGCAUCGGAGCGACACCCGUCCAGCCUUUGGGAGUGUCCUACAUCGACGACCAUGUCCACAGGAAGGACUCCUCGCUGUAUAUAGGUAUUUUAUUUUCCACAUUAGUGUUCGGCCCAGCCUGUGGCUUCAUCUUAGGUUCUGUCUGUACCAAAGUCUACGUUGAUGCUGUCUUCAUCGACACCAGUAAGCUGGACAUCACCCCGGAUGACCCUCGCUGGAUCGGGGCGUGGUGGGGCGGCUUCCUCCUCUGCGGUGCCUUACUCUUCCUGUCGGCCCUCUUCAUGUUCGGCUUCCCCCAGGCGCUGGGCGAGCCGGACAUGGACAGCGGGGGGGAGAGUGAGCAGGCCAUGCUGCCUCCCUCCCUGAGCAUGGAGUACCAGGGUUCCAAACCCAAUGGGGCCAUUCACGGCUUCGACAUGAACAGCGGCCUCACAGUGUGUGAGCAUCUGAGAGUAAUACCACGGGUGACGCGACACCUUCUCUCCAACCCGGUGUUCAGCUGCAUCACGCUGGCAGCCUGCAUGGAGAUCGCUGUGGUUGCGGGCUUUGCUGCCUUCCUGGGAAAAUACCUGGAGCAGCAGUUCAACCUGACCACCUCCUCGGCCAAUCAGCUGCUAGGUAUGACAGCCAUCCCCUGUGCCUGUCUUGGUAUCUUCCUCGGGGGGCUGCUGGUGAAGAAGCUGAACCUGUCGGCCCUGGGCGCUGUCCGCAUGGCCAUGAUGGUCAACCUGGUGUCCACCGCCUGCUACGUCUCUUUCCUCUUCCUGGGCUGUGACACCGGACCUGUCGCUGGGGUUACUGUAGCCUAUGGCAACGAGACAUUGCGGUCCUGGCAGCGACCUGAGUCAGCGUGCAUCAACAACUGUAACUGCUACACAGCGUCAGUGAGCCCCGUCUGUGGCUCCAACGGAGUCACCUACCUCUCAGCCUGCUUCGCCGGCUGCACCAAACCAAACCUGACCAGCUGCACAUGUAUAUCCAGCUUGAGUGAAGAGGCGGUGGCUCUGCCGGGGAAGUGUCCCAGUCCAGGCUGUCAGCAGGCCUUCCUCACCUUCCUGUGUGUGAUCUGUGUGUGCAGCAUGAUCGGCGCCAUGGCCCAGACCCCCUCUGUCAUCAUCCUCAUCAGAACUGUAAGUCCAGAGCUGAAGUCUUAUGCCCUUGGAGUUCUGUUCCUACUGCUGAGACUGAUAGGCUUCAUCCCACCCCCUCUGAUCUUCGGCAUGGGCAUCGACUCCACCUGUCUGUUCUGGAGCUCCGUCUGCGGCGAGAAGGGAGCCUGCAUGCUUUACGACAACGUGGCCUACAGGCACCUGUACGUCAGCAUCGCCAUCGCCCUCAAGUCGUCUGCCUUCAUCCUGUAUGCCACCACGUGGCAGUGUUUGAGAAAGAACUACAGGAAAUACAUCAAGAACAGCGAGGGCUACCUCACGCCCACCGAACUCUUUGCCUCCAAUGUGACUCUGGACAAUUUGGGCAAGGAGAUCACCCAGAACCCAGCCAACAGGACAAAGUUCAUUUACAACCUGGAGGACCAAGAGAUGUGUGACAACAUGGAGUCAGUUUUAUAGUGGCGGUCUGCACCGGGACUGGAGCUGAGGUGGUUAAUGUGCAACUGAUCUGAUGUUUCUUUGGAGUCGUAUCAGUCUAGAAGAAUGUUCUCAGUUAGGGUCUUCUCACCUAAAACAUCACACAUACUGUAAAAAAUGAAGAAGUGUUCCCAAAAUGCUCUAUAUCCUCAUUGCACUUUUUGCUAAAAUACAAUCUGGUCCUUUUUUGUCAUAAACUGACUCUCAAAUUUUUGUUUUGCUUUUCACAUAACUUAAUUUGACAGCAGAAUAUAUAUUGACAUUGAGAAAGGAAUGACUCAGCAGUUAAUUCAUCCUAACCUCAACCCUAACCCUUCCCCCUAACCACUAAUCAGCCAGCACGCCCCUCAGACAUCUUCUUUAGUUCAACUUUAUUAACAGCUCUUUUCAAGGGAGGAAAUAAAAAAGAUAAAAAGCAGGAAUCUGAAAUGUGGUAUUUUCAUCAGCUUUAUUAGACCGUUUAUUUUCCUUUAAGAAGGAAGUACCUAUCUGGUCUGAUGACAGAUAUAAUGAUUGCAGUUUAGUUUUGUUGUUUAUCAUUAGCUGAUCAUAUUUUAGCUCAUGGUUGCAGCACUUUUUUCAGACAUACAGAUCUCACUCAACUGUUUAACAUAACAGAUACUGAAAGAGAGAUAUGCAUAGAUUACAGAGGCCAAUGCAGGCGCACAACACAAUGAGCAAGAAGCAACAACAAUUAUAAGUAGGAACAGGAAAAAACUAAGAAUAAUAUUGAAAUAAUAAAGCAAUGGGCAACAUAUAAAAGAAAAUAUAAUGUAUAUUAUGGAACCUUCUUCAUUAAAAACAAACCAAAUGAAUGGAAGAUUUAGUUUUCUUGUUAUAUCUUAUAAAACAACAAUAUUUCUAACAGAAACAGAUUUGAGUUUGUCAAGAGCAAGGGACAUGGUGCCUCAAAGGGUGGAUAUCCCAUUUUGGAACACAAUUCUUCACUUUGAGUUGCACAUAUUGCUCAGAUUUAAAAAAUAAUAAUUAAGUGUAUUUCGAUACAUUUCACUGUAAUUGGCCUGUAUUGUUCUAGAGGGUAUUUUAGGAAAUCUGUGGAAGGUAGAAGAGUGUCGACUUAGUAUGUAUUAAUUAUCCCUUUACUGUGUCAUAGUGUGGAGUUUUACUAUGAAUGCUGGACAAGACUGUUGUUAUUUUUAUUUCACUUCACAGCAUUUAUUCAUUGUCAGUCUUUGCUCUUUAAAAUGUAUAGAAAUUAGGUCCAACUUCUAAAAGUAAAUAUAUUAAACAAGUCCUUCUAGGGUUUUAGCUUAUGAUCUAAAAAUCAAUGGAUUAUGAGAGAGGAAACAGGAGUUUGGUGGUCCAUCAAUGAAUGUCGCUUCAGUAACUGAACCUGUGACAUUCAGUUUCACCACUCGCACUGAUUUGACCCGUAGCACCAUUAUAGGAACACUCAUGUCAAAACGAGACAGAAAUAUACAGUUUUACUUGAGCGUGGAAUUUUACUCCUGGAGACGCCCCCCCGCAGCAGUAAUGCAUGGAAUACACAGCACUAUGAUAAAUAACAAGCAGGGAACAUUGCAUAUAAGACUCUCCAGGGUACUUGGAUGCAGUGGGGUCAGAGCAGGUGGAGGCUGUGGGGGAGGAGGUCUUCAGUAAUAGAGUCAGUUACAGCAGCAAAACUCACACGUGCGUACACACUGAGAGUGUGAAGGCAUUUAAGGGGAAAGCCAAGUCAGGGCACUGAGACGUGAUGAUUGUGAUGGGCUAGCUGUCAGCAGACACAGCAUAGCAUGACGCACAGUGUCCAGCCAGAAUUAGUUCAUUUAAAGCAUGCUGGUAAUGCAUGCAAUGAUACAAAUAAAUAUUCAGUAUGUCACUAAGCUGCACAGACUCUGUGGUUUGGCGGCCAUGGUUAUGGUUAAAUACAAAUUUAACUACAAUGGCCUCCAAAUUCUAUUUUAGACCAUGGAAAAGCUUUAUAAUGCAUACUGCAUUGUGAUGUUGACAAUUCUUAGCAAUCCUCAGCUGACUCAUAAUCACUCACACUGCAGUGAUUGUUUAAACAGAGUUUUUUUUUUUUUUCCGAAUUAUUUGGGAUUCGGAUUUCUGACAUAUCCAGUUUAUAUAGAGAUUAUAUUGGUUUUCUUGGCUUACUUUGUAAGUAUCUAAUAUGUUUUGCAUCAAAAAUAUGGGCCUUUGUCCAGCCACUCACCAUCGCUAUAGAUUUGCUCCCUAUGAUGUUAAAGGUGGGGGUUAAAGGUCUGGUUUUACAUUUUGAGAAAUAUGAUGAUUCCCUUGCCAAGUUUUAGACAAGAAGAUAAUACCAAACUUGUGUUUGUACGGUAAAGAUAAAGCUAGAGCCGUGGCUGAUUAGCUUAGCAUAGCAUAAAGAAGGUAAAUAAAGUGAAUUUGCUAGACUGCCUUGUCCAUGAGUUAAAGUCAUGCACAAAACCCAUCGUGAAUUUUUUUUUGUUUAGGUUUAACAAAUUAGACAUAAGGUCUUCAAAGACUAGUUUUAAAUCUACUAUUAUGUGUAUUUUGGAACCAGACACACGCUAGCUGUCCUCCCACUGUUUUCCUUCUUUGUGCUAUGCUAAGCUAACCACCUACUGGCAGUAGCUUCAUAUUUACCGUACAGGAACGAAAGAGGAGGAUAUUUCUAUCUAAUGCUCGCCAAAAACACAUUUUUUAAAUGUCAUACUAUUCUUUUAAGUUAAAGUUCCAUGAUUCAGUCUCAUUUUAUGCUAACACUCAAGUUUUAUGAGUAUUUUUUUGCAAAUGAUGGAAUUUACCUUUGAUCCACACUACUCGUGUGCUCUUAGUUUAGGACUUAAAUGAACUAAUAGUAUAAGAUUUAAACUAUACUUUGACGAUGCUUCAGCAUCAUAAAUAUUAAAUAAUAUAUCAAAUGGGGGAUAAAGACAGUUGUUAGAAAAUGUUGGAGGUCAACAGUGGACCUACACAGAGCCAUGCCAGACCAGACUGCUUUCUGCCUAGUGUGAUGUGAACAAAGAGAGUAUACAUACAGUUUUUUAGCACAGUAGUAAAACUGAAAUUCUUAAAAUGGAAUGAUUUUUCGGGCACUGAUUAUUUUAUUGAAAAAGUUUCCAGGCUAAAUUUUGACUGAUGGGAAGAUUGGCUCCUAGCAGGACAUACAGGACAGCUGGACAUAUUGCUAAGAUGUACAAACAAUUACAAAGAAAGUUUCUAGGGCUGCUAAUUAACAUUACCAGCUGGCCACCGGCUUGUACUCAGUAACCCCCAACAGGUGGCGCUGUCUUUGAUAUCUGUAACGUCCAGUGUGUCAUAGUGCUGACUCCUCUGUACAUAAUAGUGCCAUACAAGUGCCAAAGUGACACCAUAGAAGUGUUUCUGUAAUGUCCUGCAGAGAACUUUGUCUUUACCACGCUGGAGCUCGGAGCAGAUCCUCUAGCUGUUUGUAGCCUUUCUGUGAUAUCCCUCCACUUACUUUCACCAUAUCAUACAAAAGUGUCCCAAAAACAUAUUGCCUAUAAAAUACUGUAUAUGGGUCUAGAAAACCAUAUUAUUUAGGGUGUAAUAACUGUUAAUAUGUAGAACUUUUCUACUAGUGAAGGUAUCGUCAACUUUAGAUUAAUCUCUCUUUCAAUCAGUGACAAAGCUGAUAAUUGUUUGUUGCUUUGGUCCAACUAAAAACAAAACUUUGCUUGAAACAAGUGGCACCAAUGUUGAGCCUCAGCCUGACAUUGUACAGUAGAUGAGGUUGACUGUAGAAAAAUCAGCCUAUCUUCACUGAUAGCAGUCUUGCACCUGUGCCUGGAUAUUGAGCUCUACUCUGAGACUUCCUGAUGUUGUGCCAUAUCAACCUGUGCACUGUAACAUUCAACACUUGCAAAGAAGAAGCCAACAUAUUCUAGGUCUGUCUAACGCGCUGGCCAGUGUGACGGCGCUCGCUUGACCUUGUAUUCACCUGCGGCGACAGGACUGUUUUGCCUUGUGAUGAGAAAAUAACUUUGGAGCAUAAAUGUUUUUUUACAUCCUAUUUUUCUCAUUAUUCUCUUUUGAUGACCUUGCCUUGUGGUAACAGCAGGUUGACUUUUAUAGCGGAAUCUUUAGUGACAGAAGUAUGGACAUAUGAAGAGUUUACUGCCAAAAUACGAUAUUUCUGGGCAAAAAUUAUCCUGAGCUUUAUCAUUCAACAGACGUUUUAACAUCAAUGGAGAGUUAACCUGUAAAUAGUUCCAUGAUUUGUUUUUGUUGCGAUAAUUUAUUUAUUAUGAAUAGACAAUUUUUUUGUAAAUGACGGAUGUUAUUUUGGCAGCAAACUCUUCGUAUAAAGAUAGAUAAACCUUUGGUUUGAGCCUUUAGGCAGCAUGUUGCCUUUGAUUAAAGUGAAACCACGUGCUAACCAUGUUAGUGACGGUUUUCGAGUGAUGUGUUUGCUUAUGUUGUGGGUGAUAUUCAAUGUGUGAAUUUCAUGGCUCUUUGCAGGGGACCUUUGAAAAGAAAAGGGCAUUGAAAUAUGAAAAUAUCACCUAUAUUUUCAAAGCAUCACUAAAGAUUUUUAGAUAUGCUGUUUUGCUUCUUUGGAUUUUGUUUUCUUUAGAUUAUAUGAAUUUAUAUUUAAAAGCUUUAUGU